AUGGAUGACUUCAAUGGCGCGACCGACCGCUUCUUGGCGUGGUUCAAGGCUGGCGGAGGUGUCUUUCGCGACGACUUGCUUGAGAUACAGGAUCUAAGAGCCAAGGACGCAGGUCGAGGAAUAGUCGCAAAACAAGACAUACCAGAAGACACAACGUUAUUCACUAUACCUAGAGAUUUAAUCAUUAGUGUGAACACAUCGCAACUACCUACCAGACUACCCAAGGUCUUCGAUACGUUGACAGAUGGCGAAGCCAAUGAUGAGAACGAACCAUUGGAUUCAUGGACUUCUCUGAUAUUGGUCAUGAUAUACGAGUAUCUACAAGGCGAUGCGUCACGCUGGAAGCCAUACAUGGAUGUACUGCCGACAACUUUCGACACACCCAUCUUCUGGUCCGACUCGGAAAUCAAGGAGCUCCAAAACACCUGUCUAUCAACGGAGAAGAUUGGAAAGCAACAAAGUGAUGAGAUGCUGCGAUCACAAGUCGUGCCAGUCGUUCAGCAGAACCCCAAAGUAUUCUAUCCUGAUGGAGCCCGUGAAUUGGGCGAGGAAGAGUUGCUUGCUCUUGCACACCGUAUGGGUAGCACGAUCAUGUCGUACGCGUUCGAUCUUGCCAAUGAGCACGAAGAGGAAGACGAGGAAGAAGACGGUUGGGUUGAAGAUCGAGAAGGUACCACGCCGCUUGGUAUGGUACCCAUGGCGGACAUACUCAACGCUAAUGCCGAGUUCAAUGCACAUGUGAACCACGGUGACAGCCUUGAAGUCACAUCGCUCCGUUCAACACUGCCAGCUGGCUCGGAAGUACUCAAUUACUAUGGUCCGUUGCCGACAUCAGAGCUACUACGUCGCUAUGGAUACGUGACACCCGAACACCACCGAUACGACGUAGUUGAGUUACCAUGGAGCCUUGUUCGCGAAGCGCUCAUCCAGGAGCUCGGUCUGUCGAACGAGAUAGUUGCAAAGACCGAGGCCAAGCUCGAAGAGGACGAAGAGCUAGAGGAAUACUUCAUUAUCGAGCGAGAUUCCGGCGAACCGAAUUCGGAAGGGCAGCUCACAUAUACAGCUCAACUCCGCGACAUUUCGCAGGAGCUUGAGGAACAAUUCAAGGCUGUGCUCAAGGCUCUCAAGAAGAGCAAUCCCGAGCUCAUCGCGGAGAAGCGGAAGCGCGAGGAUAUAUUCAACACCGUUGUGACCAAGGCGCUCGCCGCUAAGCUGGCGCAAUAUCCGACAUCAAUAGAGGACGACGAGAAGCUGUUGAAGAUAGGAAGCUUGGAAAAGAGACAUCGGAUGACCAUCGAGGUCAGGCUUGGUGAGAAGAGGCUGCUGCAUGAGGCGCUGGCUUUAUUACAGGGUGGUCAAGAUAAAGUUGAGGGACAGACAGGAAAGAAGGCGAAUCGCAAGGAGUGA